GUAAGUGACGUGAGGCGGCGGUGCGGCCUGGGGAUUGCUGUCCGAACGCGAGCUGGUAUGUCGGCUUUGACGCGUCUAGCGCCUUUAGCGCGCGUUGGAGGCCACUUCUUCAGGGGCCGCCGCGUGCGGGCGGCUGGAGGCGCUGGAGUCCGUCAUGCUGGUGGAGGUGUGCAUAUCCAGCCCCAGUACAGACAGUUUCCCCAGCUGACCAGAUCCCAGGUGAUCAAGGCAGAGUUCUUCAGUGCAACCAUGUGGUUCUGGAUUCUCUGGCGCUUUUGGCAUGACUCAGAUGCCGUGCUGGGUCACUUUCCAUAUCCAGAUCCUUCCCAGUGGACGGAUGAAGAAUUAGGUAUCCUUCCUGAUGAUGAAGACUGAAAAUGUAGACUCAACUCUUUCCAAGAGCCAGGUGAGAAUUUCAAGAAGUUACAGACACCAUAUUGUAUAUUAAGUUGUAAAUUAAAGUUCUGGUCAAGAAUGAGGAACUGAGUUAUGGAUGUUUCUGAUCAUGACAACCACCGUUUAUGGAUUAUUUCCUGUGCUCCCAACUGCUGUGCUAACUGGUUAUAGCCCUUUUGGUGGGUCUUCUUGGGUACCCCGUGGCGUUGAUAGAUAAGCCUCAGUGCCAUUUAUCAGUGAAGACAUCGAGGUUCAAGGAGCUGAAGUAACUUGCUUAGGGUCACACACUGAUGAUUGACGACAUUAGGUCUGACCCCACGCUUACCUACAGUGCCCUGCUGCCUGCCUGCUUGGCAGAUGUCUUAGUCGUAUGUACGCUGACAGUUUAUGUGAAACUCUUGCCAUUUCUCUACUGCUAGUGUAUUCUUGCCCAAGUAUACAGAGGUUAGAAGUCGGUGUGGUCCAUCUGUUGUGUUUAUGUAUCUCUCGUGGGCUGGGCAUUGUGUUGAGUCACCAUUUGUGGAACUCUUAAGGCACACGUCUAACUAGGAAUUCUUAGGGGCCAGAGGAGUGCGAGAUAAGGGUGAAAUAGGAUGAUGCCGUUUUUCAAAAAUUUGUUUCAAAGCACUUUUCAACCUUCUGUAGCAUCACAAUUCUGAGAGGAGGUAGGACAGAAUUUUCUUCUAUCUACCGAUAAAAAUAUGCAGUAGAGUGGCUUAAUGACUUGCCCAGAAGCAUAACUAUUCAUAUUUUUAAUUUAGGUUUUGGCUACCUAGGUGUUGGGAAUACCAUGCUAAACAAGACAGAUGAGAACGUAGAUUUUAGGAAGGGCAGACAAGUAGUUAAGUGAGAUUUACUCAUUGCUGUGAAGGAAAUAACAUUGGGUGCUGGAGAUGGUUGAUGCUGAUCUUUUCGGUGGGCGGGGAAGACAUCUGAGCUGAAACCUGAACAAGUAGCAGGAACCAGUUGUGCGGGGUCUGAAGGAAGAGUGCCCCAGGGACAAGGAGUAGCGAGAGGGAGGAGAGGGUGGGACUAGAUGAGAUUAAUAGGUCAUGACUGCAGGUUUAGAUUUUAUGUUAAGUGCAGCGAGAAAGCUUCUGACAGGCUCUAGGCAGGGGGUGGUCCAAUUCGAGUUCCUAGUUCUUAGGUUUUUCACCCCCCACUUUGGUUCUCCCCAGGUGUCAGAGUGGGCAUAAUGGCAGCAAACGCUAAGUGGAACAGUUUCACCCUCCCCCCGCCAGCUCCAGCAGUCCUGAGCCUGUUGCACAGGGUGUCUGAGGCUCCCCCUGGCUUUGUGUUUACUCACCUGAUAAAUAUUUAUGGUCUUUAAACGACCAGUGGA